GAACAUUAAUCUCUUUCUGAUAUUUCACUUAUCCGUAGAAAACAACAACAACGCCCAAAACCAAAAAGCCAGCCAGCAUCAAGCCAUCAACGUUAGAGAGGGGAAGGAUAAUGGUGGGGGGUUUAUUUCUCAGCUGGAGGCGUCCCUCCCGCGACCAACAAAAAGCCUGCAUCGCCCAAGCCGGAGGCUUCAACUACGACCCCCGUUUCCACGCCGCUUCUUCUCCUCCUCCUUCCCAAAACGGAAAUAAGGAAGUAGAAGAAGCCCUCUCUAAGAAUGGCUUCUUCAUCAAUCGUGCUCGCGUCCUGCUCGGCUCCGGCCCCCUCACCUUCCGCCUCGCCAAAUCUGCCCUCCUCUCUUGGACGCAUUUUAGGUUGGGGUGGGCGUUCGUGGACUCGGAGACCCCAAUCGAGACUGGUGUGAAGUUCUGUGUCUGUGUGAAGGAGCUGCUUCCAUGGGUCAUGAUGCCUCUCCAGGUCGCGUACGUCACUGAUAUAUUCACCCCCAGGCCCACACCCAUUGAAGCAGCAGCUUCUCGGCCUAUCAAGUCUUGUUUCGGUUUCGGCGGUGGCACUCUCCAAGGCCACCUCUUGGUAUUCUCUCCAGCUGGAGAGGAGCGGUUCUCAAUUGAGUGGGAUGAGAAUGAUCAGAUCUGGUAUGAAACCUUUUCCUUCUCAAAGCCUGCACACUUCCUCUCAGUUAUUGCCUAUCCAUACGUGCAGCUUAGGCAGAAACACUUUGCUCAGCAGUCCACAAAUGCAGUACUGAAGUUUGUCGCUUCCAAAAAACAAUCUACAACAUAAUACUGCGAAGAGUUCCCUGUGUCACACAACUUUUUUUUUUUGAAUCAUCUAGUACUCAAGUUUAUAUUCUGUUGGAAACUUUCAUAUGCUCGCAUGCCAUCUCCUGUUGCUCAUAAUUAUAUAUAUCUUAAUGGCAAUACUCUUCUGGGAGCAAAAUUUGUUCCAGC